AUGAUAAUAAUCCUCUUAUUAUUUCAAUUAUUUUCUGCUAAAGAAUAUAUAACCCAAAAACAAAGAGAAUAUGUAACUAAGUUCUAUGGACCAAAGUUUAAAGUCGAAGAAGAUUAUCCUUAUGAGAUUGAUUUUAAUACAUAUGCACAUGUUGAACUACAAUCAAAAAAUCCACCAAGAAAUGAAGAUAGAACUUAUCCUAAAAAAUUGUGGCUGGCAAUUAUUCACAGUAUUCCUUCUAAAAUAAGUCAUAUGGAAAAUACAAGAAAUACUUGGUGUAGAGAUGAAUACCAACAACGGUAUGGAUUUAAAUGCAUUUUUGUUUUUGUGGAAUCGUCUGCAAAACAAUUAGAACAAUAUAACGAAUUAGUUGAAAUGAAUGAAACAUACCAUGACAUUUAUUUCAUUGAUAUGCCUGAUUUAAAUGAACAUUGGUUUACUUUACAACAAAAAAAUAUUAAUGCUUACAUUAUGGCACUUAAAUUAUUCCCAAACUACUAUUUCUAUACUCGAGUUGAUGAUGAAAUUAUUGUCACUGUCGAUUUAUUAUCUGACUUUUUACUUGCUCAUACUCAUAACCCAACAGUUGUUGGACAACUAACUUAUCAUGCUCCUUAUACUAACCCAAGACAUAAAUAUUAUGACCCAUUAUCUAGAAAUCUCCCUCGGUAUUACAUUUAUCCUGGAGGUUACUUAUCUAUUUUUAGUCAGGACAUUAUUAAAUUUAUUGGGAAAUGGGAAAAUUAUUACACCUUUGCCCCAAGUUCAUUAGAAGAUCCUGGGUUUGGUCACUGGAUUUAUAAAUUUGCAAAUACUACAAAUCAACGAGUUGAUUUAUUAACACCAGAAAAUUGGGGAGGCCAUGUAGGAACAACUUAUGGUGAUUAUAUUGUAUUCCAUGAUCAAGAGGGGCAUUUAAAUCAAUUAGAAACGUUAAAUAGAAGAAUAGAAGAUGGAUAUAUGAAGUAUUAA